AUGGUCCCUCAUUUGGGUUAUUUGCUUCUGAUUAGUGAUAUAGGAAGGACACAUCGAUUUUUCGCCGUCCGCCGUCACGACGAAGCUUUCCAGAUGAAGCCACUGAUGUCAAUGAGCCCGUUUCAGGCGCCCGAGUAUUUCCUGUUAGUAUGUGAUAUACGGGCACUUCAUUCCCACCAUGCGUUAUUGCUGUGUUUAAAUAUCACAACGCCAUCAACCGCCGCCUUCUACAACCUGUCCUUCGCUCCCUCGUCAACGCACAGGUCGCAGUCUGGUCCCGGGUCAGCCAACGCGACGGGGGGAGGAGGGGGAGGAGGGGGGGUGCAGCGUCCCGCUCGCUCCCUCUACCGGAGACUCCUCUGCUUCAUCAAACAGGCGUGGACAGGAGUCAAGUUUGGGUCAGACUCCGAGCUCGAGAUCAUCGAGCAAGAGCCGCGCUACCGACCCGAAGACAUCAACGCCCUCUGCCGCACCACCCAUUUCACGAGGCCCGAGCUGCAGCGCCUCUACAGGAGCUUCAAGGAUCGGUGUCCUACGGGAGUCGUUCGCGAAGACGCUUUCAAGGAACUGUACUUUCAGAUGUUUCCAAAGGGAGCUAGCACAAGCAAGUAUCCCCAUUACGUCUUCAAUAAUCUGGAUAAAGAAAACACAGGUGUAAUAAACUUCGAGGAACGACCGCCUCCAGUGGAUAUUCACGCUCUACGACCUGAACGGCGACGGAUGCAUCACCCGCCAGGAGAUGACGGACGUGGUGCAGGCGGUGUACGACCUCAUGGGCAAGCAGACGGACACGCCGGUGGAUGAGCAGACAGUCGGCCAGAAGGUGGAGAUGCUGUUCACGACGCUGGACCUGAACAAGGACGGCGUCAUCACCCUGGACGAGUUCACGGAGGCGUGCGCGCGGGACAGCACCAUCGUGUACAACAUCGACGCCAUGCUCCACUGCGACAUCGCCGUCCUGAACUCGAGCGACGUCUCCUCUGACGUCACGUCUUCGGACCCCCCUCCGCGAGCCAUCAGGAGGUGACGUCACUAAUCGAGAUCGACGUCGGGAGGUGAUGACGUCACUCACGUAAUCGAAGACAAGGGAUGAGAGCUUUUCGAAGCCCGUUUCUCGAAGGCGAAGGUGUAGCUUGUGGCAAGCGAAGCGGUUCGUUGGGUUACGUCACAGGAUUUGUUGACUC